CCUUGCGAGAUCUGCUCCGCAGGAAAAAACGGCGCCGCCCCCUCUCCGUUAACAACUAAACGUCCCAUCGAGCGCCACCGCACUGGUUUCCUCGCCGUCGCGCGCCACCGCCGCUCUCCCAUCCGCCCCCACCCUACGCUGCCGGCCCUGCUACCCCUGCUCAUCAUACCCAUCUCCAGAGGAUUCCCUCGCGGGAACCGCGGCCUGUCCUCUGGAAGCGGAUCGAAGCCGGCGAACGAGCGGGGGAAAGCGGCGGCCGGAGGAGAUGCUCAAGUUCCUGUCGAGGGUGGUGGUGGAGUACAACCCUCUGGACCCGCGGAAGGCGGCUGCCGUGGAGCUCCUCGCGCAGUGCAACGGCCGCAAGGCCAAGGACUCCAACCCCACCUGCUCCGUCGAGCUGCGGCGCCUGCCCUCCCCGGCCGCGGCCGACGACCCCAAGGCCCAGCCGCCGCCGCGCGUCCUCGUCACCUACCUCAACGGCGCCGAGGAGGCCUUCGUCGCCGCCGACGGCGCCACCGCGCAGGGCAUGCGCGAGCAGAUCCUCGCCCGCGGCCGCCUCCUCGAGACCGAGCAGCUCUUCCGCGAGGCCGGGGAGAAGUGGCCCGUCGUCAUCCCCGAGGAGGAGCUCGGCAUGUCAUUCCCUGGGAUCAAGCCAAAGAAGGCCGAGGAGAAGCCGCAGGCUGCCUGAUCCAGGCAGGGCUCUUUCAGUCUCUUGUGGUUAACAGAACUAGCAGAACAUGUGUUCUCCCAUAAAUGCUCUCCCAUAAAAUGUACCAUCAUGUCACCAAAGAAAACUUGCCGCAUUUUUUGAACUUGUCUAAGACUAGUUGUACAUUCGGUCUGAUGGUUAUCUGAACGAGAGGGAACAAGUUGGCUAGUUGCCACGAUUAGACGUCGUA